UCCCUCGCCCUCUGGCGGUCUGUUUUGGUAUGGUCAAAUGGUUGUCAAUCAAUAAUUAGUAAUUAAAAAGGGAGUUCAUAUUUAAAAUGUCACAAGAUAACCGACCAGAACUCUAUGAAGAAGUAAAAUUAUACCACAACGCAAGAGAACGCGAUAAGUAUGAUAAUUUAGCGGACUUAUACGCUGUUAUUAACACAUUACAACAACUUGAAAAGGCUUAUAUCAGAGACUGUGUUACUCCAAAAGAAUAUACUGGUGCUUGUAGUAAAUUGCUUGUACAGUUUAAAGCUGCUUUUCGACAGGUUAAAGGCGACGAAUUUCUUACAGUGGAUGCAUUUGUUAAAAAGUACCGGCUUGAUUGUCCUGCAGCUUUGGAAAGAAUUAAAGAAGACAGGCCCAUAACAAUAAAAGAUGAUAAAGGAAACACAAGCAAAUGCAUUGCAGAUAUUGUUUCUUUGUUUAUUACUAUUAUGGACAAGUUACGUUUAGAUAUAAGAGCCAUGGAUGACCUUCAUCCUGAAUUGAGAGAUCUGGUUGACACAAUGAAUAGAUUAAGUAUUAUUCCUUCAGAGUUCGAGGGAAAACAAAAAGUGGCUGAAUGGUUGUCAACACUUAAUUCCAUGCAAGCCUCAGAUGAGCUUUCAGAAUCACAAAUAAGGCAGUUAUUGUUUGAUCUGGAGAGUUCUUAUAGCUCUUUUAAUAAAUUGUUGCACAACUCAUCUUAGAAUAUUGUAUUUUAUAUAAACAGAUUUUAUUAAUAUGAGAUUUAUUACCUAUGCAUUUUAUUCAAAUAAAUAUGUAUUCUUUAAA